AUCAAUUUACUCCAUUGCAGCAUCACCAUGGCUACUGAUUUUUCUCCAGGGAGCUUUUCCCUCUUCUCUUUGCUGCUUCUGGUCAUUCUAUUUGUUUCAGCAUCAGGUUCUGAGAAGCAUGCAUUCUCAAUCAAAGAAGCGACCAUUAAAGAUAUCCAACAGGCUUUCAAGCAUAGCCAACUCACUUUGAGGCAGCUUGUUGAGUUCUACUUCCAAGAAAUCUCAAGACUCAACCCUGUCCUUAAAGGAGUCACAGAGGUGAACCCGGACGCACUGUGCCAAGCAGAUGCAGCUGAUGAAGAACAGAAAUCUAAAGCGCACGGUUCAUUGCCCUGCUUACAUGGUAUUCCCAUCCUGCUCAAGGAUAACAUUGCAACAAAGGAUAAGUUUAAUACCAGUGCAGGUUCCUUUGCUCUCCUUGGCUCUGUGGUGCCUAGAGAUGCAGGAGUAGUGAAGAAAUUGAGGGAGGCUGGGGCAAUUAUUCUGGGGAAGGCUAGCAUGAGUGAGUGGGCUCAUUUCAGGUCGUUCAACGCACCCAAUGGCUGGAGUGCUAGAAGUGGCCAAGGGCAGAAUCCCUAUGUUUUAACAGCAGAUCCCUGUGGGUCAAGUAGUGGAUCAGCAAUAUCUGUGGCUGCAAAUAUGGUGACAGUGUCACUAGGGACUGAGACCGAUGGCUCCAUACUGUGUCCAGCCAGUGCUAACUCGGUGGUAGGCAUUGAACCUACAGUUGGUCUUACCAGCCUGGCUUGGGUCAUCCCAGUCUCUCCCAGACAAGACACAAUUGGGCCUAUCUGCAGGACAGUAUCAGAUGCUGUUUAUGUCCUUGAUGCUAUUGUAGGCUUGGAUGGCAAUGACAAGGCAACCAAGAAAGCAUCACGGUACAUUCCCUCCGGUGGCUACAAACAAUUCCUUAAUCCACAUGGGCUCAAAGGAAAGAGAUUAGGAAUAGUUAGAAACCCUUUCUUCAAUUUCCCCAAAGGAUCUGGCUUGACUAAGGCUUUUGAGUCCCAUUUCCAGACGCUGAGGGAACGAGGUGCAGUUUUGGUAGAUAAUCUGGAAAUAGACAACAUCAAUUUUAUCCUGAGCUUCACCUUGAGUGGUGAAGCCAUAGCAUUGCUAGCUGAGUUCAAAUUGUCUUUGAAUGCAUACCUUAAAGAGCUUGUGUCUUCUCCAGUGCAAUCAUUGGCAGAUGUUAUAGAUUUCAACCAAAAGUUUUCUGAUUUGGAAAUGAUCAAGGAAUAUGACCAGGAUAACUUUCUUGCAGCCGAAGCAACCAAUGGAGUUGGUGAUGCAGAAAAGGCAGCAUUGUCAAAGUUAAGAAAACUUUCAGAGAAUGGAUUUGAAAAGUUGAUGAGGAAGAAUAAGCUGGAUGCAAUGGUCACUCCUAAUGCAGAAGCUUCUACUGUGCUUGCAAUUGGUGGAUUCCCAGGAAUCAGUGUCCCAACCGGAUAUGAUAGCGAAGGAGUGCCUUUUGGCAUUUGCUUCGGUGGACUGAAAGGCACGGAGCCGAGGCUAAUUGAAAGUGCAUAUGGCUUUGAGCAGGCUACUAAGAUUGGGAAACCUCCAUUGUUCAUGCCUGGAAAACCUAAACCAAAUGGUAAGGAAUCAUAUUGUCAGGUUAAAACUGUUGCAAAUAUUAUGAAGAAUGUCAUUUAUGCUUCUUCACAUUGCUGGGAGCAUUGACUAUUAUGCAUUAAUUAUUGGAGAACCGUCUUUCUUUUUUCAAACAUCUCCUGCUAUCUCUCAAGCUUGGAACCAUAGAUUUCUAACCUGAAUGUCGACUGUCGAGACAUUCACUCAAAGAUGUAGUUCUUAAUGUUAAAUAGGUGAGAAUACUGAAUAUCUAUUUUGGAAAUUGUAAUGGUAUAGCCAACUAAACCAUUGAAUUGUUU